GCCGCUGGCUCUCGCUUCGGGAUCGUCGCUGUCCUCGGCGCCGGCACUCUUGCCGGGCGGAUCAUCCGGAGCCGGAUGCUGCGGCGGCGACGGCGGCUGUGGCGGCGCCUGGCAGGCUCCGCCAGCCCCCUGGGAGCGGGGGAUGGGCUCUGGGCACGGAGAAACUCCCUCUACAUCCAUCUCCAUCUUCCCAUUCACUGGAGGACAAGACAAAAGCGGAGCGCAGAUUUGACAGCCGCCGGCGGCGGCUCAGCUGCCGGUGGCACGCAUGGCUCGCCGAGGAGGAGACGCCUCCCGCGCGCCCUCCCUCCCGCUAGCCUUCGCCCGCGCGCCCCGCAGCUCCGCUCCGCUCGGCUCCGGCACCGGCGGCGGGCCCGGGGAGCGCGAGCAGCGGGUGGCCGCGCGUCCUCGGAGCAAUGGCCUUCAGGAGCCCCCGGCAGUCCCGCUAAGCCGAGCGCAUCCCGGAGGCGGCGGCAGCGACGCCUCCCAGCCACGCGCCCAGCCCCGGGGCCGCCCGAGGACUCCCGCCUCAGCUGGGCCUCCGAUCCUCGUCGCUUUCCAGCCUCUCCGGGGUCCUCUCGGCGUCUCCCCUCCCCUCCGCUCUGAACAAAGUUACUGGAAGAACAAUCGCAUCGCUGGGACCUGCCGGCGAAACUGA